AUGGUUGGAACGCUCAAUGAAUUUGAGGUACAAAUGAGGGUUCAAGAUGAAAAGGCUUACCUUGGUACUCAGAUUGCUAUGCCUAAAAUUUUGAGUGAGAUAUUAGAAUCACAAAAAUACGAUCAGGAGGUAGCAUUCAUCAAGGCACAAAUAGAAUCUAGUGAAGCCAUGCCUGGUUGGGAAAUUCACACUGAUGGGAGUUUGAAAUAUCAAGGUCGAAUGUGCAUACCAAGCGACAACUCACUAAGGGAAAAGGUACUCAAGGAAUUCCACCAUUUAGUAUUCACAGUACAUCCGGGAGGGCGGAAUGAAAAGGGAUGUAGCAAAGUUUGUGUCUCAGUGCCUGACAUGUCAACAAGUAAAGGCCGAACAUCAAAGAUCGGCAGGAACACUUCAACCCUUACCAAUUCCAGAGUGGAAAUGAGAACACAUAACCAUGGAUUUCGUGACGGGUCAUCAAAUACAUUGGAUUCACUCAGUAGAUUGUUCAUCAAAGAAGUGAUCAGAUUACACGGAGUACCGGUUAGCAUCGUGUCUGAUCGUGAUCCUCGAUUCACUUCUCAAUUUUGGCAGAGCUUGCAGAAGGCAAUGGGAACGAACCUAUGCUUUAGCACGACAUUUCAUCCACAAACAGAUGGGCAGUCUGAAAGAACGAUACAAACCUUGGAGGAUAUGCUUCGAGCUUGCGUUAUGGAUUUUAAGGGAAGUUGGAAGAAACACCUACCUCUCAUUGAGUUCACUUACAACAAUAGUUUCCAGGCCAAUAUUGGAAUGACACCGUAUGAAGCACUUUAUGGGCGACCUUCCCAAAGUCGACAAAAGAGCUAUGUGGAUCAAAGGAGACGACCCUUAACAUUUGAAGUAGGGGAUCAUGUUUUUCUCAAAGUUCGACCUCGUCGAGGUGCUACACGAUUUGGGAAGAAAGGAAAACUUGCACCUCAAUAUGUGGGACCCUUCGAAAUUCUGAGCAAAGUAGGAGAAGUGGUGUACCGUUUGGCUCUACCACCUCAACUGGUUGGAGUACAUAAUGUUUUCCACAUCUCUAUGCUACGAAAAUAUGAGCCACACCCUUCUCACAUCAUCAAUUGGGAGGAAAUUAAUCUUGAUGAAGAUGUGACAUUUGAAGAGAAGCCUAUCAAAAUUUUAGAUCGUCGUGAGGAGGAAUUACGAGGUAAAAGCAUACCAUUCGUUCGAGUUCUUUAG